CGUGUUUACGUCCCUCGUGGAGCCGCCGACGUCAGCAGCCGAAUAGCAACAUUGUGGCGAUUCUGAGGCGCAGAGUUUAGGAGACGCGUCCCUCCAUCAGGCCGGCUCCAGGCGGUCGGCAAGAAGAGGCGGGGGAGCGGGGAGGUCGGCCCGAGCGAGCGGCGGAGAGGUAGAAGCCGCUGGCCCGUACCACCUUCCUGCCUGUCCGGCCCCGCGGAACCCUCGCCUCACCUCCGGAGCGCCCGAGACGCAGCACCGCGGCCUCGCUCGGGGGGCGGCCAGGGCGGGCGCGGGGAGCGGCCGCAGAACGGGGCUUGUAAACAGAUCCCGCCGCACGUGACCAUGUGAACUACCUGCUCCUGGGACGCGUAUUGUCUUUCCCGCGAGCCGCGCGACAAAGGAACGCGGCGGGUGCGAGUGCGGAGAGGCGAGCAAGCGAUUGCGGAGAGCCGGCCGGCGCGCUAAGAUGGCUGAAGGCGCCCGGCGAGGGUGAACGGGGGGCGCGGCGGAGCCAGCCGGUGACUCCUGGGGCGGACAGGGCCGCCGGCGUCUUACCCGCGGCCUUGCGCCGGAGCCACCAUGUCGUUCGCGCUCGAGGAGACGCUCGAGUCGGACUGGGUGGCCGUGCGGCCCCAUGUGUUCGACGAGCGCGAGAAGCACAAGUUCGUCUUCAUCGUAGCCUGGAACGAGAUUGAGGGCAAGUUUGCCAUAACCUGCCACAACCGGACGGCCCAGAGGCAAAGGAGCGGCACCCGCGAGCAGGCGGGGGCGCGAGGGGGCGCCGAACCCGGCGCCCCCGCGUCCGACGGGACCCGCGGGCCGGGCAGCCCGGUGGGCAGGGGUCGGCCCGAGGCCACUGCUUCCACGACUCUGGGCAGGAGUCCCGGGCCUCGGAGGCGUCCGGCAUGGGCGGAGGGCGGCCCUCCGCGGAGCGCGUGCAGCCUUCGGGGGGACCCGCUGCUGCGGAAUUCGGCCGGCCGAGGGGCGGAGAGCUCUCUCCGGAGCCCAGUGCGGACCAAGUCCAGCCCGGUCCGGAGGGCAUCUGAACGCAGAGAUGUGUCGGUGGUCCCCGGUGCAGCAGCCCCGCCGGCGCCCACGGAGGCCCAGGCGUCGUCGGUGCGCGUAGUGAGCGCCUGCGGGACAGUCACCGAGGAGAUCGAGGUGCUGGAAAUGGUGAGAGAGGACGAGGCGGACCCGGCGUCGUUGGCGCUCUCGGAUGCAGAGCAGCCGCCGCCCGCCCCCGAGCUAGAGUCCCCGGCCGAGGAGUGCAGCUGGGCCGGGCUCUUCUCCUUCCAGGAUCUGCGCGCGGUGCACCAGCAGCUGUGCUCUGUGAACUCGCAGCUGGAGCCGUGCCUGCCGGUGUUCCCCGAGGAGCCCUCAGGCAUGUGGACAGUGCUGUUCGGGGGCGCCCCAGAGAUGACCGAGCAGGAGAUCGACACUCUGUGUUACCAGCUCCAGGUCUACCUGGGCCACGGCCUGGACACCUGCGGCUGGAAGAUCCUCUCCCAGGUACUCUUCACCGAAACGGACGACCCGGAGGAGUAUUACGAAAGCCUUAGCGAGCUUCGGCAGAAGGGCUACGAAGAAGUGCUUCAGCGGGCCCGGAAGCGCAUCCAGGAGCUCUUGGAUAAGCACAAGAAUACAGAGAGCAUGGUAGAGCUUCUGGACUUGUAUCAGAUGGAAGAUGAAGCCUACAGCAGCCUUGCAGAAGCCACAACCGAACUCUAUCAGUAUUUACUACAGCCAUUCCGAGACAUGCGAGAACUUGCCAUGCUACGAAGACAGCAGAUUAAGAUUUCUAUGGAGAAUGAUUACCUGGGUCCCAGAAGAAUUGAAAGUCUACAAAAAGAAGAUGCCGAUUGGCAGCGGAAAGCUCACAUGGCUGUACUGUCCAUUCAAGAUCUUACUGUCAAAUAUUUUGAAAUAACAGCUAAAGCUCAAAAAGCUGUGUAUGAUCGAAUGCGAGCAGAUCAGAAGAAAUUUGGUAAAGCAUCAUGGGCAGCAGCUGCUGAACGUAUGGAAAAACUUCAGUAUGCAGUUUCUAAGGAGACUCUGCAGAUGAUGAGAGCUAAAGAAAUAUGUUUGGAACAGAGGAAACAUGCACUAAAGGAAGAGAUGCAGAGUUUGCAGGGCGGUACAGAAGCCAUAGCUCGAUUGGAUCAGUUAGAAGCUGAUUAUUAUGAUUUGCAACUUCAGUUAUAUGAAGUGCAGUUUGAAAUCCUGAAGUGUGAAGAGUUGCUAUUGACAGCACAACUGGAAAGUAUCAAAAGACUUAUAUCAGAAAAGAGAGAUGAAGUAGUAUACUAUGAUACUUAUGAAAGCAUGGAGGCCAUGCUGGAGAAGGAGGAGAUGGCAGCAUCUGUGCAUUUACAGAGAGAAGAGCUACAGAAACUUCAACAGAAAGCCCGCCAGCUGGAGGCAAGACGUGGACGGGUUUCAGCCAAGAAGGCAUACCUCAGAAAUAAAAAGGAAAUUUGUAUUGCAAAACACAAUGAAAAAUUCCAGCAGCGCCUUCAGAGUGAAGAUGAAUAUAGAACCCACCACACAGUACAACUCAAAAGAGAAAAGUUACAUGAAGAAGAAGAAAGAAAAAGUGCCUGGGUUAGCCAAGAAAGACAGAAAACACUGGAUAGACUUCGAACCUUUAAACAGAGGUACCCAGGCCAAGUCAUACUUAAAUCAACGAGAUUGCGACUUGCUCAUGCAAGAAGAAGAAGUGCAGCCAGUCCCGUGUCCUGUGAAGACCAGUGCCACUCUCUGCCAGGAGCUCCACAGGUAGAGAAAAGUGAGGAAGUGGAGGAAGGAAAAGGCAAGCUCCGGUCGUCACAGACAACAGAAGCUCAGAGCCUCACACAACUUGAAGAUAAUUCAUUAGCACAACUUGAAGCCACUUUAUUACCUCUCAGUGGUGUUACCUCUGAACUGCCUCCCACUGUAUCGCUUCCUCUUUUAAAUAAUAUUGACCUUAAAUCAGGUUCUGUUAGUGUAGAUCCACUGCCACCACCUCUUCCUCCAACACCUCCCCCACCGCCUCCACCUCCCCCUCCCCCACCGCCACCACCUCUGCCUGUUGGUAAGGACAGCACCCCAGAGACACUGGAGAAAGGUCUGCCCAGAGUAGGGGGCAAUGAGAAGAGGAUUCCGAAGUCUGCUAGUGCCCCCUCAGCACACCUCUUUGACAGCAGCCAGCUGGUUAGCGCCAGGAAGAAGCUCAAAAAGACGGCUGAAGGUUUGCAGAGGAGAAGAGUGAGUUCACCCAUGGAUGAGGUGCUAGCUUCCUUGAAGCGUGGUAGUUUUCAUCUGAGAAAAGUUGAACAGCGAACUCUGCCUCCUUUUCCUGAUGAAGAUGAUAGUAAUAAUAUCUUGGCGCAAAUAAGGAAGGGGGUAAAAUUGAAGAAGGUACAGAAGGAAGUCUUGAGAGAAUCCUUCACACUUCUGCCCGACACAGACCCUCUAACACGGAGCAUCCAUGAAGCUCUUAGAAGAAUCAAGGAAGCAUCCCCUGAGUCAGAGGAUGAAGAGGAGGCUUUGCCUUGCACAGACUGGGAAAACUAACAAGUGACUCAAGAGAAAGGAAAAAUACCUACAGUUGAACGUCUGCUCUUAUUCUUUAGGAAAACAAAAUUUAAACAUUUGGUUCCACAGUUGGAUUCCAUUAGACCCAAAGUGCAUUGGCUCAGUGGUGUUUUGAUAAAGGAAGCGCAAUUGGAAAGUUUAGCACUUUUCUGAGUCAUUCCAAUAGAUGGUGGUUAAGAUGAGUUUUAGAUGUUCAGUGUUCCUGACUGCAGUGAAGAAAAGGCCUUCUGAAGAUUGCUGUUUUUAAAACACCUUUCCCACCUGUCCAGCCAUUUAUAUCCUCGUAGUGGCCAGUAAAGCUAGGGGUCGCUAUGAAUUGGAAGAACACUGGGUUGACAAAGCUACUGUGAGCUGUAUCAGGACUGCUUUGAAAUCCAUCGUUCAGUGCUCUCAAUAGUCAUCUGCUCAAAAUACAGAGUUUCUUCCUUAUCAGCUUAAAUAAGUAUUGUGACACUCUGAAAAAGAAGUUAAUUGUGGUAGCUGUAGUACAGGAAGUGGAAGAAAUCAGAGGGAAAUGCACUGAUAAUUCCCGCAUUAUUCAUCUUCAAAGGAAUUUUCAUAAAGAUAUUCAGCAACAUCUGAAAAGAUACAUAAUCAUGGAGAUACACCUAUAAAUGUGUUUACCACGAUGUGAUACAUUUAACAUGGCAUAUUUUUAGAAGACCACACACUUAACAGUUUGUAAGGUUUCAGAGUAAAAAUUUCCAUGCUUUUAAAUAGCUCUUCAUAAUUGUGAAUUUCUAAUAGUUUGAAUUUUAUGUGUGGCUUUGUUUAUGAGAAGCAAUACUUUGUAAUUUGAUAAUAUUCAAAUUAUUUUUAGUCUUUUUGUUUGAACUGUUGCUUGAUUACUGUAACUUAACAUGACUUUCCUAUUGAGAAUCAAAAAUCAGGAUUCAGUAAUAGGGAUGCAGAUCUUAAUUGUUUUUAAUAUGCAUCAUUUAAAAUUUUAUUUGUAUGCUCCAUAGUGAAAUAUGCAGAAAGUAGACAGGAGGCAGAAACGCCUCUUUGGCUGGCAUUUCACUAUCUUCACAUGCUUUGAGUUGAAUUUUGGGAGAGAGCCUUUGUUAUUGUCACUAAAUUGUUAACCAUAUGUAUGUAGCUCUAGGUGCCGAUUUUGCUGUAAGAGAGUCCUGAAGAAUUGCAUUCAUCUGAAUGGAGCCGUUACGAAUUCUCAAGAGGACUGUUGUGGGUUUGAAUGAAGGUAGAUAUGAUGGACCCAGUUUACAGCACUCUGUAGAGUGUAAUUCUGUAUAAGACAGGCCUUAACCUUUAUGGAAAUGGAGUUAAGGGCUGAAGUACCAAAAAGGACUUUAUUUCUUAUGGCGCAAUUCUCUGACCUGGAGCCAGAAAGCAAGCAGUCCUAGAAUACAAGGCCUCGAGUGUAUCAAAACUGGUAUUGUGAAGAAAAAAAAAAAAAAAUGCUCACACUUUUGUCACCUGAAAAUGUUACUUCCUUUAAAAUAAUUAGAGAAAAUUUUCUGGAAACAGGUUAUAUAAAACAAAAUCUGCUUAAAUGUUGGUAAUGUUUAUUGAUGACUGUGAGCAUUUUCACAAUAUGUUGGUUUUAUUCUAGCAUCAUUCUCAUACCUUGUCUGGGAAUAUUAGAAAUACAGAUCUAAUAUAAAGUUAAUCUUUAUUCCCUGAUUACAGUGGAAGGAGAGGUUGUAGAUGUUUUUUUAAAAUGUUCAGCAGAGCAUUGAAACAUGCCUUUUAACCUAAAGAAUGACUCAUUUGACUUGAUUAUAUAUUUGAGAAAAUUUUUAAAGCAAAUUUGCAAACCUUAAAUAAUCAUGUGUAAGUUUUAUGCCAUUGCAUUUUUGUUCAUAACAUAGUUUUUGGUUUUCUUUCAUUCAUUGACAUUAGAAUACUGGAGGUCUAGUGUCAGUAACAGCAGAAGCACUGAGACUUUAGUGUGUCAAGGGGGAAUUGCUACCCACUUAGUGUUACAGCAGGGAUUUCAUUAAGACAAUGCUCAUUUAUAAAAAGGUCCUAUCAUCUGUUGUCCUGAGCCAUGUUGUAGUAAGUCUCUAGCAAAUAAUGCAGGGUGUUAAGACCCCUCUGAAUCCUUUAGGAGUGCACCCACCGCUGUAAGCACCCCCCCUGCGGCACUCCAGGAAGGUUAUCUCACACUUGAAGACAGAGCCUCGUUAGCAGCCGCCUGUGCUCAUGUGCUGCUAAACAGCUUUCUCCAACACAUCCACUUCCCUUCCUCCAGAGUCAUGUUCCUCCUUCCAGAAAAUUACAUGUAACUAUAGGUCGUGAACCUUUAAAGUUCUCACAAAUAUUAAAAUUUCAGAUAACUACAGUCUAUGUGUCCAGUUAAAUCCUCAUAUUCAUGAAAAAGCAUUCUGAGAACCCAACGAAAGUUAAAUAAGCAUGAUCUCCUUUUUUCCCCCUGCCCCUCAUAAAAUGAGUAUCUUUGUCCUUAGUAUAAAAUUUGUACAUAUUUAGUUGUGAUGGUACUUACAUAUGAUCAUGUUCCAGCUCCAAACUUGCCUGUGCUAUUUAUAUGGUUUUAAAUAUUUGAUAGUUAAAUUUCUCUUCAUGUAUUAUUUCCAUAUCAAGAAUCCACAAACAGCUGCCUGCUAUUCAAUUUAGAAUUUAAUUUACCAAUCUAGUCUCAACUGCAGUAUACUUAAAAUAGGGAAACAAGUAGAUGAUGACUUGGAUGUUUGGAGAUUAAUGUUACAGCUCAUUGGAAUGUCAAUUUUAAAUAUUUCUUCUAAUACAACUAAAAUUAUGUGUAUGUAACCAAUAUGGCAUAUAUAGAAAAGGUAUUCCCAGUGAUUUAAAAUCCUAAUGGUACUGUAGUAUAGCAGUAUGAGGAAAUACCUGGCUAAAGAGGAUUUUUUAAAGAUGAGAAUUGCUGAUUUAAUAGGUUCAUUGAGUUUGAGCAGCAUAAAAACAAUCACUCCUUAGUUCAUUACUGAACCGACAUAGUCUGUAAAAUGCAUUUUUUAAGUGGACUCUUAGACACAGCUAUGACAGUUGAUCAGGUAUAGUAUUUCCACAGUAGAAAUAUGAGACCUUUCUCAUUACAUGAACCCAUAGCAAAUUUUCAAUUCUGUGUAAUGAAGGAAAAAAAAAAACUUGUUUCUACGAAGCUAAACCGUGUAGCAAUAUUUGCUAACAUAUGGUUAACAUAGGUGUGGCCUCUUUAUGUCAUAAAAUGUAUUAAAAUUGGCCGUAGCAGACACUAAGAACUAAAACUCAGUGGAACAAAAAUGAAUGGGCAGCACCCUCUCUGGAAUGGGAGCGGUGUGUAAUUAAUACAAUUUAAUUUUAUGCAUUCCCUAAGACUCCAUUUUUAAAUUGUGUUCAUUGCAUGCAUGUAUAAGGAUAGUGUUUGCUUUCACUGAAUACAAGCUUAUUUUUUUAACCUUUAAUAAUUAUGUACUUAACAUCAGAUACCAACCUGUAAAGUGCUAACGGGACCUUAGAGUUAAGGCUUUAUCAGGGAGUUGAAAUUUCAUAUACUUUGCCAGAUGAUUUAUAAAAAGUCGUUUUGAACAGCUGUAAAGCAUUUAAAAACCGUGGAAGGUGCAUUGUUAAUAUGCAUCCAUUUAGUAGUGAAAGCAGAAACGUGAACAAGUCUUACUUAAUUCUUGCCCUGAAUUUAAAUAAUAAAUGUGCAUUUUAAACAGAUUAUAUUUCCCCUUUAUUGCUUAGCUUAGGAGCACAUUUGUGCUUAGUGUUAGAGGAUUGACCACAAGGUGAUAUCAGAUGAAGAGGUAAGAAGACAGUAGAAGCACCUUACUCUCGGAGCGUGUUGCAUUCUUUUAGUGCUACUGAACAAUUCAGUAGUUAUUUCUGAACUUUGCUGCAAAGUGCUAUUUGAAGCACAUGAAAAAAGAGUCUCUGCUUACUUAAUUGAUUUGUAAAAUGAAGCAAUGAUUUUUUUAUCCUAUAAAUAUAAUCUAAUUUAAAAGUAUUUCCUACAAAAUGAGUUUAUAUUGCUGCCUAAGCUAUCAUCUAUGUAAGCAAUGGAUUUUUAAAGGCCAGAGGGAGUCUGGAUUCUGUGUGUGUGUCUGUUUUAAAUGUUUGCCCAUUAAAUUCUUGCAAAGACAUGUUCAUUCUAAAAUUUUCUGUUUUACCUACAGUAAACGUACAGCUUGGCAUUUGAAGACUUUUUUUUUGGUCUUUUUAGGGCUGAACCUGUGACACAUGGAGGUUCCCAGGCUAGCGGUCUAAUCG